UCCCCCUCCUGCAACAGACAGAUAUAUCAUUCUCAUCCAUCCUCCUCUCUUCUUCUUCUUCUCUCUCUCCUCUCUUCUCUUUCUACAUCUCUGUCGCCCUCAUUCUAUCACUCUCCUAUCAUCAUCUCUCUCUGUCUUUGUGGUGUCUUUGCACUCUCGCUUCUCUCCAUCAUCCACCUUGGGCACCAGGUCAUCCAAUAUCCACUUCUUCUUGUGGUUAUCAAAUAAAUAAUGGCUCUCUCUCCCGCUCAGGCACCCCGCCGUGCCCAUCUUUACGUCGGCAACUUGUCCCCGCGCGUUACGGAGUACAUGCUCACCGAGAUCUUCGCCGUCGCCGGGCCAGUCCAGCACGUCAAGAUCAUCCCGGACAGGAACUACCAGCACGGCGGUCUCAACUAUGGCUUUGUCGAGUACACGGAUAUGCGCUCUGCUGAGACCGCUCUGCAGACCCUCAAUGGGCGCAAAAUCUUCGAUACGGAGAUUCGCGUCAAUUGGGCAUAUCAGGGUCAGCAGAACAAGGAGGACACAUCGGGUCACUACCACGUCUUUGUCGGAGACCUUAGUCCAGAGGUGAACGACGAGGUCCUUGCUAAGGCCUUUGCUGCCUUCCCGACUAUGAGCGAUGCUCGUGUCAUGUGGGACAUGAACUCGGGCAAGAGCCGUGGUUAUGGUUUCCUCGCUUUCCGCGAUAAGACCGACGCGGAGCAGGCGAUCGCGACUAUGAACGGUGAAUGGCUUGGCAGCCGCGCCAUCCGUGUCAACUGGGCCAACCAGAAGACACAGGGUGCCCCCGGCAACGGAGGGAUGCCCGGCAUAGGUGGAGGUAUGGGCAUGGGCGGUGGGAUGCCCACCGGCAUGCCGAUGGGUAUGCCGAUGGGCGGUAUGCCCGCCAUGAGCCCGAUGGGUGCUGCUCGGCCUAUGGGUAUGCCCCAGCCUGUCAGCUUCCAGACAGCCCCUGUCUCGUACGAGCAAGUCCUCACCCAGUCCCCCGCGACGAACAGCACUGUCUACGUCGGCAACCUCGUGCCUUUUGCAACCCAGGCCGACCUCAUCCCGCUCUUCCAGUCCAUUGGCUACUUGAGCGAGAUCAGGAUGCAGGCUGACCGUGGCUUUGCGUUUGUCAAGCUUGACACGCACGAGAACGCCGCUACCGCUAUCGUAUCUCUUCAAGGUCAGAUGAUUCACGGUCGCCCCAUCAAGGUAUCCUGGGGCAAGGACCGUAAUGCUGGAGAAGGCGCGACCCCACAGGCCGCAUCGGGCGGCACGGGCUCCCCAGCAGCAGUGGCUGCGUCUCCCGGCGGCGCCGCAAACCCGUACGGCAACAUGGCCAUGUACGGCAUGAACCCCAACUACAGCCAGUACAACUUUGCAGGUUAUCCGGGCUUCCCUACUAUGCCUAACGUACCUGGUCAGCAGGGUGCCCCUGGCGCUGGCAACCCAGGUGGUGCUCCUCCCGGCGGUGCGCCCACGGCCGAUGCCGGUGUUGGCAACGGCGCGGCGGGUGCCACCUCGGGCAUGAACGCGGUGGGCCAGGCGACUUGGGGCUCAGAUCCUAACGUCUUUUAUUCUCAGUAUUGGGGCGGUUACUACGGACAGCCCGGUCAACAGCCGGCUACCGGAGCGACCAAUGGACAAAACCCGCAGCCGGGCGCGUAAAUCAGGUUAGAUAGAUGUCCCGCUAGAAUCAUUUGUCUGCUGUGUUCUAAAGUCGCCUCACACAGUGCAUCACAUUGUUCUUGCCAUGCCAUUGUACAGUUGACCUCGUCGGCCUCUCAAUCGAACCUAUCACGUCUCAGCUACACGACCCCUACCGCUUUUGUCGUAUAUUUUUCUUCUCAGCUCAGCUCACCUCGAUUCGCCCGUUUUCCCCAUCGCUGCUCAAAACGCGUCGACUUCCUUUCCGGGUUUUAUGGGUUCCAGUGCAACGUCCUCCCGUCUCUGAUAUCUGUUUUUCCCUAAAGAACCCAUCCUCCCCUCUCCUCUCCUCUUCGUUCGCCUGUAUGCCUCAUGACAUCUCGUGUCUGUGUCGUCUGUCUUUACGCUCACUGCAGUCUAAGCAGUUCUGUGUUUAUGUUCCUCCGAGUUAGUUACCCUCUUCACCCUUGAGCCCCUCUUGUCGUUGUGCUGUGCUGUACAUCCUCUGUGUCCGUACUUUCGUACGUCGUCCUUUGCUCAUGCCUGUCAAUAGUCAAGAA